CAGGGUGGGAUAAUGUGUAUGGCUUUGAUAUGAGCUGCAUUCGUGAGGUGGCCAUUACUGAGCCUCUUGUUGACGUUGUCGAAGCAAAACAGAUUGUAACAAACUCGUGUCUUCUCAAAGAGAUUAAUAUUGAAACGGUACAAAAAGAAGAUCUCGAGUUCGAUGUUUCUUAUCAGUUGUUCUCCCAACGUGAUGAUUACAUCCAGGCUCUUGUAUCGUAUUUUACCAUAGAGUUUACACAUUGUCAUAAAAGAACAGGGUUUUCAACAGGUCCUGAAGCAAGAUAUACUCAUUGGAAACAGACGGUGUUUUACCUCAAUGAUUAUUUGACCGUUAAACACAGUGAAAAAAUCGAAGGAACUUUUGCAUUGAAACAAAACUCUAGAAAUAAUGUAAAUGACUUUAUUUUAUUGUCACCAAACUUAUGUACUUGUACAAUACUUAAUUGUCUCCGGGAUCUUGAUUUUAAAAUUUCAAUUGCGUUUGAUGGCGAGUUGAGCUCAGUGAAAGAAGAAACGCAAUACAAAAUGAGAUAA